UUUCUAUGCACUUGACAAAAAAAUUUCCCAAUUUGGCAUGUUGUGUUUGUUCUUGUAGUAUUAGUGUUUAUUGUUACGACCUGUGCUUAUUAAAUUUUUAUUACAAGUUUUGUGUUUGUAAUUUAGACAUAAUGAGUGACUUGGUAUGGGGAAUUAAAAAUGGAGAUUUGGAUCAAGUGAAGGACUUUGUAGAGAACAAGGAAGUGGAUGUUAACAAGGAAAUAGAUGGGCGCCCGCCCAUUCAUUAUGCCGCAGACUAUGGCCAGAAGGAUGUGAUAAAAUACCUGAUAUCCAGAGGUGCUGAUGUAAAUCUCAAAGACAAGCAUGGAAUCAGUGCUUUACUAGCUGCAGUUUGGGAGGGACAUACAGAUUGUGUGAAGAUUCUUAUAGAAAAUGGGGCAUCAAAAACUGGAUCUACUCCUGAUGGUUUGAGCUAUGUUGAAGCAGCCGACAAGGAAGAAAUCAAAGAACUUCUGAAAUAAAAAAGGGAGAAUUUUUGAAGAUGGGAAUUUUCAAUUUAACAUGUUAUUGAGAAGACUGGCAUUGUUUUGGUGUGUAGGCUGUGUUUGCAGUGUGGCAUGGGGCCAGACUGUGGGGUGCAUUAAACAGAGUACUAUACAUUUAAUUUAUAAUUAGCUUUUAAAUCAUAACUGCAUUGAUUGCAGCUAUUCAACAUCAAUACAGAUGUUGUUCAUUUGUUAGUUAAUUCAGAUUUUAUGAUAACUAAGUCUCUUUUGCAUUUCUACGCUUGUACAGCAUGUGAGAUUAUUUUUGCAAAGUUAGUUCUGUUAUGUAUUUAGAUAAAAUGUAGAGCAAAUUGUUAUAUUGUUGUUCCUGAGCUUGAUUUUGGCUUCGACUGUAGAUUAUUGUUAGUUUGUAUUAUGCAUAUAAAUAUUGAUUAAAUAUGUCAAAUAAUAUAUUUGUAAGUUGAAAUCUUAGCAUAAACAAUGUGACAGUAUGAAUGACAAUAUACUACGUUUAAUGUGAAGACAUAGCUGUUUGAAUUAUAAAAAUUAUGACAGUAAUGACCUGAAUUGAAUUUAUCCAACACCUUUUUUUGUAAAUUUAUUAAAACUUUUAUUUUAUAAUGUAAGACUGUUUUCAUCCUGUCUAAUAAAGAGAAAAUGGUUGUGACUGCAAAGAAUGUUUAUAGCUAAGACAA